GCCGAACUUGCAAAUAUUUAAUUCUCCACCGUCGAGAAUAGAACUGUCUGCUAUUCACAAUGCAAGCCCAGUCUAUCGCACAGGAUCAAAAGGUCGUCACAGCGGCACAGUCCCUAGCUGCUGUCAAGACGCUUGUCACUGCUGGUUUUGGGUGUAUGACGUUUUUACGGGGUUUGUUGCCAGAUGAAAAUUUUGAGGACGCGAGACUUUCUUCAACUGGAACGUCAUUGGACGGAGACCCUGAGCCCUCUGCCCAGAGGAACGUGAGCGGGGUGAGGAUAAAGACUGUAAAGAGGGGAUAUACUAGCGAAGGGGAUCAGAUGCUCGAUUACUUGGAGAAGGGUGUGUUCGACGCGUUGGAGAAGCAGUACCUUCAGAGUUUCGUCUUUGCAAUCUAUCUAGACAAAAAUGAUCCUUCAAAUAUCGUCGAAGCGUGGACCUUCAAUUUCCGGUAUCAUAAGAUCGAAGGGACGAAUGUCACGGUUCCAGUGUUUUCGUUGGAUAAGGCAAUGGCGGGGAUAUCGCUCGCCGGCAAUUCCGAUCCGGUGAUGUCAGCGUCGCUGAAAGGGAGGCACAUUACUCUUGGGGAGGUUAAGCGAAGCGUAAAGAACCUUAUCCGUGGCUUGAUUACGGCGAGCCAAGGGCUGGAAGUACUGCCGCUCCGCCGUCAUGCAACUUUCAAAAUUUACUACAACAACGGCACACCUCAGAAUUAUGAGCCCCCCUUCUUUGUUCCUGCAGAUCCAGCUUCAUCCAGUUUUGUUUUCACUACACACAACCCGUCCGAAUCUCCCGACAAGAUUCGUCUCGGCACCCUCGACACUCCUUACCAUAGCGUCACUCUUGAUAUCGCCUCGAUAGUUUCUCUAAUUCCCAACAGCGAGGAUAAUACUGCGCAGUUCUCGGGUUUGUCUCCAGGCCAUAGUCCGCCAGCGACAUUUGCGGAUGGCUCGCGCAUGCGACAACGGGCAGCCGAGGUCCAGAUCGAGGAUGCCAGGCACAGGCAUAUCGUCUGGGAUGCGGAUGCGCCUGCUCGUCCUAAGAGUCCUCCCGAUGAAGGGUCUGUCAGAGCACUGGAUUCAGAUAUUGAAGUUGACGAAGACCGAGAUGCUCCUCUCGGUGUUCGAGGGUCCGAUGGCAGCAUUCAGCCACUGUCGACUGCCAUUACAGUCAAGAAGUCUAGGAGAAAUGACGAGCGCGAGUUUAACUUUAGCUCACAGACCUCUGAUAAGAUUGUGCUAUCACCUCGACGCGAUGGGACUCCUACAGAAAUAAACGCAUCACAGGCGGGAUCCCUCGUGACCUCUCCAAUCCCAGAAACCGUCAAAGCAGGCAAUCCGCUUCUGCAAAAGGAAACGAAUCUAAGUGAUAUUACAAAUGGUGUCGACACGCAGUAUCUUAAGCAAGUUAUGAAGAAAGGAAAACAUCGUGGCCGUGGUUUGGAAUUGAACCGAGCCACGGCAUCUGAAGGCUCGGACCCAACUUUCACACAUGAUUCCAUUGCUUCUGACCUUUUGCGUGCUAAUCCCUUUGAGGCCACACGAUGUAUUGAAGAAGACCCGAUUUUCUCUUCUGCUGAAUCCGAGCUUACCGAGCUCAGUAGUCAGGAUGCUGGUGGGGAAGAUGAAAUUAUAGAGGAUCCAGGCACUCCAAGAGCGCGCGCCCUCGCACUAAACGUCUCUGAUAGCCAGAUAACUAUUGAAGACAGCCAGAUGGAAACGCCAGUGUCUAAUAGGGGCACAACACAGGUUCAAUCAGGUGUGGACCCUAGUGGUUUGACGGCUGACUGUGAUUGUGGAAGCAAAACGUCGGAAGUCGACUGGAUCCUGUGCGAUUCAUGCGGAAGGUGGCUUCACAUAUGGUGUAUGGGGUAUCAUAAUGACAGAGACCAGAGAAUUUCCAACUGCUUUCGCUGCUUCCCGUGCGAGCUUCGUGAAGAUCCGAAUUCUAGCCUACUCGACGAAAACCAAGUUGACGCCACUAUCUCCUCUUGGAAGGCUUUAGCUCUGUUCAGACGUUGUCUUCAAGCAGUUCGCGAAAGCGGUGAGACGAGGCCGGAAACGUCGCUCGCCUUGAAGAAACGAUUAGGUGUCAACGCUCAGGUGGCUGGCCAAGUUUGGAAACGACUCGAGACUGAAGGAUUUAUCUGUUCUCUUCAAGAUCUUGAAGAUCUGCUCGACAGGCUCGGGGCCUCGCCGCCAAAGGCUAGACCAAAAAGCAAAAGAGGCCGCCCCACCAUCAAGCGUGUCCCAGUUCUAACCAAGGAUGUAAAUGCCGCCUUCGAACGAUACUUCGACCCAAGAGGCGAACUCGAAAUGAAGGCGAUUGGACUUGAUACAUUGAGAGGAAAGCUACGUGACCGGAAACGCCCUGCUCAAGCCGCUUCCAAAAUGACUUCCAACACCACUCACGGCAGCAAGGACGGGGACUCACAUCUGAGUGACGACGAAAAUAAUCAAGAUGCAGAUAUGGGAUCUCCAACCCAAUCUCAAACACACCCGGGCGAUCAUAUGGAACUUCACGCAUCCCAAGGAAUCAAAAGGAAGUCCAAAGAAUCAGACUCUGCCGGAGAGCUUCCUGUGUGCGACGUUUCGAACGAAAGUAUUCUUGAACGAGACCGUAAGCGACUCAAAGUUUCGAUGGCGACCCAUGCACUGGAUCUUGAAGAAUAUUAAAGUCCCAUGAAGCGCCAUCGUUUUUUCUUUCCGCCAUCUCGGCAAAGUUUUGUCCAUGACUAACCAUCGUCUUGCUGCUCUCCCUGUCAAACGCUUCUAUCAAUGUUUCCUUAGGAAAUAAACGCACUACCAAUCAUGUGUGCUAAUUGUAUCACAAUGCGAAUAACAUUGCCCAGUACCCAUUCAACUUGUGUGGUAGGAUCUUAACUUUUAUUGGUCCUUUAUUCCGUAGUCCGAGUU